AUGUCAUAAUCUAGCGGAUAGAAACCAACAAGCAUAGGAUUAUAGCAAGGUUAGCAGUAGCAAUAUCCAUAGUAAAGUUAAUCAGUUAAUUCGUAGUAGUCUUCGAUUUUUUCAGGUUUGCAAGCAGGAUCAAGCGCUUCUCCUUCAAUAAAUAAUUUCUUUACUUCUUCAAACAUUCAUAACAUAGGAUAAAUCUAAAAUGCAGGUACUUAGUAAUAAGCUCAAGUCCAACAAAGUUCAAAUAACUUAAUUGGUACGAGUUAAAUUCCUAAUACAAUUCCUGCAUCUUAAGUUCCUAUUAAUCGCUUUGGGAGAGGCAGUUUCCGUCGUGGGGACAAAGAGUCAAAAACGUAUUUGCAAGAAAUUUAUGGACCAUACUAUUUGAAUUGUGAAUAAAAUAUUGAGGAAAUAAAGGCAACAGGAAGUGUUUUAGGAAAUUCAGGUAUUUCUGUCAAUUAUGGAUAGCAAAUCUAGUAAAAAUUGUUUUAAGAGUGCUUAGAAAAUGAGAAUAUUUGGAAACUCUAUGAACUAGUAAUUGAAAAUAAGUCUAUGCAUUCAUGGACAGACGCAAUUUUUUAUGCUGAUAAAUUAAUCACCUUAACUGAUGGACUAGCACCUUUUGUAUAUUUACUUGGAGAAUGCUAUUUCUUAAAUGGAGAUUAUAAAAAGGUCCAUUCUCUUUUUGCUAAAUAUAAAUUAAUUAGCUAUAAUUCUCAUUUUACGAUACUUGCUGCUAAAGCAUUAUACAAAAAUAAAUAGUAUGAAUAAUGCUUAAAUUUACUUGAAUAAGCUUAGGAGCAGUAAGUAGCUUCCUUAGCAUAGCAAGGCCCUUCUUCUUUCAAUUACUAAGGCUCAACUUCUGCUUAGGGUAUUCCUGUUGGAUCUAACUUAAAUAAUCCAAAUUAAGGUUUAGGUGCAAGUACUUUUGGAUAGCAAUAAGUUGGAGGCCAGCAAUUUAACAAUAUUCAUCAAUAGUUUGGACAUAAUUUGCAUCAUAGCCAGAAUACUUUCCUUCACUAACAAUAAUAAAAUCAGUCAUAGCAAUAAUAGAUGAAAAAUUAGAAUAAGUUAGAAGCUUAAAAGCAUCUAUUAAAGGGAUUGUGUUAUGAAGCAAGCGAAAAUAAAUAAAACGCAGUUAGUUCUUACAUGGAAUGCCUAAAGCGCGAUCCAACUUGUCAUGAAGCUUUCAAAAGAAUGAUAGAUUUUUAUUUAUUAGGAUCAACUGGUAAAGAAUAACUCCUUACUUCUUUGAAUUUCAAUCCUGAAGAUAUUUGGAUAAAAUAAUAUUAUAUAGCUAGAAUCAGUGAAGAUACUGCUUGUAAAUUAGAUAUUUAAAAAGGAAUGGAUGAAGAGUUACCAUCAUCAGUAAUAGGAAGCGAUAAAUCAGAAGUGAUCAUGAAGGAUCCUAGUGGUGCAGGUAUUGGAGGAGUAACAGUUCCUGGAAAUGUCAACAAUGACCCCAAAGCUUAAAUUAGAAUUUAAAAUUUAUUGGAAAGAUUAAGACCUGAAAAUUUAUUUGAAACCUUGUCUUAAAAGAAUAAUAUUGAUUUACUUUGCAUUAAAGCAAAAAAUUGUCAUGCUAAGUAUGAUAUUUAAAAAGCCUAUGAUAUAUGCAUAAAAGCAAUUAAAAUUGAUCCAUUAUAUUUUGACAUAAUACCUGUAUAUUGCGCUUGUUUACUUCAUCUCAACUAUCUGGGUGAAUUGUACUACUGUGCCCACAAUCUAGUAGAAAAUUACUCAACACAUCCAUUAAGUUGGUUUGCUAUUGGUACUUAUUAUUAUUUGACUAAAAAAUAUGAAGUAGCAAGAAAGUAUUUCUAAAAAGCUAUCUAUUUGGAUAGAAAUUUUGUUUAUGCAUGGAUUGGUAUGGCUCACUCUUUUGCAAUUUAAGACGAGUCUGACUAAGCUAUGAGCUUUUACAGAACUGUAAGCAGACUCUUCCCAGGUUGCUAUUUAGCUCACUUGUACAUGGGUAUGGAAUACUUAAGAACUAAUAACCUUAAAACAGCUCUACUUUCCUUCUAAUAUGCAAAAGAAAUCAACAGUAAUGAUCCUCUUAUUUACAACGAAAUAGGUGUAAUCUAUUUUAAGUAGAAAGCCUAUGAAGAAGCAAAGCAAAAGUACUUGCAAGCUAUGAAUUUGUGUACUGAAGCAACUAAUUCGAUAGUUCAUACCAUUUUAAACAAUCUGGCUCAUACCUGUAGAAAAAUGAAAGAUUAUAAAUCUGCUAUUUAAUAUUAUGAAAGAUGCAUUCAGUUAGAGCCUAAAAAUUAUCAAACAUAUUUUUCUUUGGCAUACACUUAUCAUAUAUCAAACCAAUUGAAUAAAGCUAUAGCUUAUUAUCAUAAAUCUUUAUAUUACAAGCAUGAAAACCAAUUUGCUUUUGACAUGCUUGAUAGAUGCCUUAAAGAUGCUUCAGAGUAUCCUUGGGAAAGUGUAUACGAAGCUAAAAAUGAAUGA